GUGUGUUGUUUUCAUUGAUCGAUCACACAGUCCCGACGCCUUCAGUUGCUGUUUCAAACAGAAAGAAAGAAAGAAAGAAAGGAGAGAGAUGGGAAGCUCGUGGAAAUUGGCGGAUCACCCGAAGCUUCCAAAGGGUAAGACCGUUGCCGUGGUGGUUCUCGAUGGUUGGGGCGAGGCCAAGCCUGAUCAGUACAACUGCAUCCAUGUCGCCGAGACUCCCACUAUGGAUUCCCUCAAAAAGGGUGAUCCUGAUAAAUGGAGGUUGGUUAAGGCCCAUGGUUCUGCCGUAGGUCUUCCAACAGAGGAUGACAUGGGCAACAGUGAAGUUGGUCACAACGCACUUGGGGCUGGUCGCAUCUUCGCUCAAGGUGCAAAGCUUGUUGACCUAGCUCUUGAAUCUGGAAAAAUUUAUGAUGGAGAAGGUUUUAAGUAUAUAAGUGAAUGCUUUGAAAAAGGCACUUUGCAUCUCAUUGGGCUAUUGAGUGAUGGAGGAGUCCACUCCAGGCUUGAUCAGUUGCUGUUGUUGCUUAAAGGAUCUAGCGAGCGUGGUGCUAAAAGAAUCCGCGUUCAUAUUCUUACUGAUGGGCGUGAUGUUUUGGACGGUUCAAGUGUGGCAUUUGUAGAAACACUUGAGAAUUACCUUGCAGAAUUACGUGGGAAGGGUGUUGAUGCACAGAUUGCAUCUGGUGGUGGUCGUAUGUACGUCACAAUGGAUCGUUAUGAGAAUGAUUGGGAAGUGGUCAAACGAGGAUGGGAUGCCCAAGUGCUGGGUGAAGCCCCUUUUAAAUUUAGAAAUGCUGUUGAAGGUGUGAAGCAGCUGAGGGCAGCCCCUAAAGCCAGCGAUCAAUACUUGCCUCCUUUUGUUAUUGCCGAUGAGAGUGGGAAACCUGUUGGUCCUAUAGUUGAUGGUGAUGCUGUGGUUACAAUCAACUUUCGAGCAGAUCGUAUGGUUAUGGUUGCCAAGGCUUUUGAAUAUGAAGAUUUUGACAAGUUUGAUAGAGUGCGAGUACCUAAAAUCCGUUAUGCUGGAAUGCUUCAAUAUGAUGGUGAAUUGAAGCUUCCAAGCCAUUACCUUGUUUCUCCACCAGAGAUAGAUAGAACAUCUGGUGAAUAUCUAGUGCACAAUGGUGUCCGUACGUUUGCUUGCAGUGAGACUGUCAAAUUUGGUCAUGUCACUUUCUUUUGGAAUGGAAACCGCUCUGGGUAUUUCAACGAAGAACUGGAGGAAUACGUUGAAAUUCCAAGUGAUUCUGGAAUUACAUUCAACGUCCAGCCAAAGAUGAAGGCAUUGGAGAUUGGUGAAAAAGUGAGAGAUGCUAUACUUAGCGGAAAAUUUGACCAGGUACGUGUUAACAUACCAAAUGGUGACAUGGUGGGACAUACAGGUGAUAUUGAGGCCACAGUUGUGGCUUGCAAGGCUGCUGAUGAAGCUGUCAAGAUGAUCCUUGAUGCAAUAGAGCAAGUUGGUGGAAUUUAUGUUGUUACUGCAGAUCAUGGUAAUGCUGAGGACAUGGUGAAGAGGAACAAAACAGGGCAACCUCAACUUGACAAGGGUGGCAAAAUUCAAAUACUCACUUCUCAUACUUGUCAGCCAGUGCCAAUUGCAAUUGGAGGUCCUGGAUUAGCACCUGGUUGCAGAUUCCGCAGGGAUAUUCCUACUGGUGGGCUAGCCAAUGUUGCUGCAACUGUUAUGAAUCUCCAUGGAUUUGAGGCUCCUGGUGACUAUGAGCCAACCCUUAUUGAAGUUGUUGAUAUCUAGGGCAGCAUAAGGAUUUGAUUCUUUAAUGCAUGGAGUUAGAUAUAGGUUACAAUGCAACUCAGAAGGCUGCGGAGUAUGGAAUGCUAUCAUGAUAAAUAAGUUUUUAUUUCUUACCAAAAAAGAAAAAAAGAAACAGUCACCGGUAUGGUGGCUUCGGUAUUUUGGGCUGUCUGUGGAGGUUUACAGAACAGUAUGGUUAAAAUGGAGUUUUUGUUUUAUCUUUUCUUAAUCAUGAUUUUUGUCAUGAUUCGGUCUGCAUUAAACGUUCCUGUUUAGACUUUAGAUUGAAUGGUUUUCAGCUCAAAAGGCUUAAGCUUAACAGGCUUGUUCUAUA